AUGUCUCGGCAGUCCACCAUCACCUUCCACUCUGGCAGCCGCAGGGGCUUCAGCACCGCCUCGGCCACUACACCUGCAGCAGGGCGCUCCCGCUUCAGCUCUGUCUCUGUGGCCCGCUCAACUGGGGGCAGCGGGGGACUGGGCAGGAUCAGUAGUGCUGGGGCAAACUUUGGAAGCCGAAGUCUCUACAACCUGGGGGGGACCAAGAGGGUCUCCAUUGGUGGGUGCGGUGGCAGCUUCCGAAGCGGUUUUGGUGGCAGGGCUAGUACUGGAUUUGGGAUCAGCAAUGGAUUUGGCUAUGGUGGUGGUGUUGGAGGAAGCUUUGGUGGUCCUGGAUUCCCAGUCUGUCCUUCUGGAGGCAUCCAAGAGGUCACCAUCAACCAAAGUCUCCUGACUCCCCUCAACCUUCAAAUCGAUCCCAGCAUCCAGCGGGUACGGAAGGAGGAACGUGAGCAAAUCAAGACCCUCAACAACAAGUUUGCUUCCUUCAUUGACAAGGUGCGCUUCCUGGAGCAACAGAAUAAGGUCCUGGAAACCAAGUGGAACCUCCUGCAGGAGCAGGGCUCUAGGACAGUGAGGCAGAGCCUGGAGCCCCUGUUUGACACCUACAUCAAUGACCUCCGACGGCAGCUGGAUGGCAUCACCACGGAAAGGGGCAGGCUGGAGGCCGAGCUGAGGAACAUGCAGGAGGUUGUAGAAGAUUUCAAGGUCAGGUAUGAAGAUGAAAUUAACAAGCGCACAGCUGCUGAGAAUGAAUUUGUGGCCCUGAAAAAGGAUGUGGAUGGCGCCUAUAUGAACAAGGUGGACCUGGAGGCCAAGGUCGAUGCUCUGACUGACCAAGUCAACUUCUACCGGAUGAUCUUUGAGGAAGAGCUGUCCCAGAUGCAGACCCAGGUCAGCGACACCUCUGUGGUCCUGUCCAUGGACAACAACCGCAACCUGGACCUGGACAGCAUCAUUGCCGAAGUCAAGGCCCAGUAUGAGGACAUUGCCAACCGCAGCCGGGCUGAGGCUGAGUCCUGGUACCAGACCAAGUAUGAGGAGCUGCAGGUCACGGCUGGCAGACAUGGUGACGACCUCCGAAACACCAAACAAGAGAUUUCUGAGAUGAACCGGGUAAUCCAGAGGCUGAGAGCAGAGAUUGACAGCGUCAAGAAGCAGUGCUCUAGCCUGCAAACAGCCAUUGCUGAUGCCGAACAGCGUGGAGAGCUGGCCCUGAAGGAUGCACGGGCCAAGCUGGUGGACCUGGAGGAGGCCCUGCAGAAGGCCAAGCAGGAUAUGGCCCGGCUGCUGCGUGAAUACCAGGAGCUCAUGAAUGUCAAGCUGGCCCUGGACGUGGAGAUCGCCACCUACCGCAAGCUGCUGGAGGGCGAGGAGUGCAGGCUAAGUGGAGAAGGAGUCUCUCCGGUUAACAUCUCUGUGGUCACCUCCACACUUUCCAGUGGCUAUGGCAGUGGAAGUGGCAUUGCAGGUGGAAGCCUGGGUUUCGGUGGAGGCAGCAGCUACUCCUUCACUACCAGUGGCGGGCACAGCCUGGGCACAGGCCUGGGAGGCUCUGGCUUCACUGCCAGUAGUGGCAGGGGCCCAGGGGGCAGUGGCUCUAGCAUCAAGUUCAUCUCCACCACAUCCUCCAGCAGGAAGAACUACAAGCACUAA